GCGAUGAGGGCUCUCGUCUCCCCCGCCGCCGCCGCCGCAUUGCUCCCGCGAACCCCGAACCACACCGCGAACCCUAGCCGCCGCGGGGGUGCGCUCUCGCGGCACCAUUCUGGCCGUGCGGCCGCCGCGGCCGCCACCGGCGACCACUGGGGCGCUGACCACCACCGCCAGUACCACGGCGGCGGAGGCGGAAGCGGACGGAAGAGGGCCGCGGGCUCCGAUGGUCGCGCGGGCCACAGCGUGCAGUGCGACGUGGACGUGGUGUCGUGGCGGGAGCGGCGGGUGUUCGCGUCCGUGGCGGUGGCCGCGGAUGUCGACACCGUGUGGCGCGUCAUCACCGACUACGAGCGGCUCGCCGACUUCAUCCCCAACCUCGUUCACAGUGGGAGGAUACCGUGCCCGCACCAGGGCAGGAUAUGGCUCGAGCAGAGGGGCCUGCAGCAAGCGCUUUACUGGCAUAUCGAGGCACGCGUCGUGUUGGAUCUCCAGGAGGUCCCUGAUGCCGUUACUGGCCGAGAGCUCCACUUCUCCUUGGUUGAUGGUGACUUUAAGAAGUUUGAAGGGAAAUGGUCCAUCAGAUCUGGUCCAAGGUCAUCUAGUGCAAUUCUGUUAUAUGAAGUUAACGUGAUUCCAAGAUUUAAUUUCCCAGCGAUCUUUCUUGAGAGGAUCAUAAGGUCGGAUCUUCCUGUGAAUCUUCGAGCCUUGGCCUGUAGAGCUGAAAACAUAUAUUUAGGAAACCAAAGGCAUGGGACUGCGAAAUUUAGUGGUGCAGGCUCCAGGUUUCAUAACUUUCGUAAUGCCACCACCGAGAAUGAUGCUAUUUCUCUUAAUAAGUUCAAAGAAGCAUCUCCUUCUGGUUUAGGUGGCGUGCUUUCUUCACCUCCGUCUGAGUUGAAUAGCAAAUGGGGAGUAUAUGGAAAUGUCUGUAGACUUGAUAGGCCGUGUGUGGUAGAUGAGAUCCAUCUUCGAAGAUUUGAUGGUCUCUUGGAACAUGAAGGGGCUCACAGGUUUGUGUUUGCUAGUAUCACUGUGAAAGCACCAGUUCGAGAAGUAUGGAAUAUUCUCACUGCAUAUGAAAAGUUGCCUGAGUUUGUGCCAAAUCUGGCUAUCAGUAGGAUUAUUCUUCGGGAUAAUAACAAGGUUCGCAUACUGCAGGAAGGUUGCAAGGGUCUACUUUAUAUGGUUCUUCAUGCCCGUGUUGUUAUGGAUCUUCAUGAGAAACUUGAACGUGAAAUCAGCUUUGAGCAAGUUGAAGGUGAUUUCUACUCAUUUAAAGGAAAAUGGCGUCUGGAACAACUUGGUGAUCAGCACACCUUGUUGAAGUAUAUGGUCGAGACUAAGAUGCAUAAAGAUACCUUUCUCUCAGAGUCUAUCCUUGAAGAGGUCAUAUAUGAAGAUCUUCCGUCAAACUUAUGUGCAAUCCGUGAUUAUAUUGAAAAGGCUGAAGCUGAGAGUGGUAACUCCACUACUAGCUCUUGUGUAGCAACAAAUUCAGAUACUAUUUCUGUUGAUUAUGCAGAAGGUAGGCAAUCAGAACAAGCAUCCUCGUCUUGUUCUUCAAGUCCUGCAAAGCAGAGACCAAAAGUCCCAGGUCUUCAAAAGGACAUUGAGGUCCUCAAAUCUGAACUUGAGAGAUUUAUUGCAAAAUAUGGUCAGGAUGGCUUCAUGCCUAAGAGAAAGCACCUCCGUUUGCAUGGAAGGGUGGAUAUUGAGAAGGCGAUAACACGUAUGGGUGGAUUCAGGAAGAUCGCCGGCAUAAUGAAUCUUUCACUUUCUUAUAAAAAUCGGAAACCAAGAGGUUAUUGGGAUAAUCUGGAGAACUUGCAAGAAGAGAUCAGGCGAUUCCAGAAGAACUGGGGGAUGGACCCUUCUUAUAUGCCAAGUAGAAAGUCCUUUGAGAGAGCUGGACGUUACGACAUUGCUCGGGCGUUGGAAAAAUGGGGUGGAGUACAGGAGGUUUCUCGCCUUCUUUCUCUUGAACUCAGACGACCUAGAAGACAAGCCAACUCUGCUGAUGAGAGUAAGGCUGGAUCCUCAUGUGCUAUGACAAAUAAAAACGCAAGCAAGCCAGAGAAACCAAGUGUUUCUCCAGACAAACAGAAAUGGCUUCUGAAGCUGAAGGAUCUGGAUGCCAAUUGGAUCGAGUACUAAUUAGGAUGACUUCACUAAUACAACCUGUCAAAUAUAUCAUCUGACCCACUAAAGACGGAUCUGGUAAUCAUGUACAGAUGAAGGUGAUGCGGGAAAGUUUCUUGCCUACCACACUGUAAGUUUUCCAAGCAAAACUUCCCGUUCAGUAGAGUAUUACCCACCUUUUCUUCAUCCCGUCCUUUUUCUUCAAAA